UUCUGCGCUCACACAGAAGCGGUGUUUUCGGCGGAGCGGCUCGGAGGACGGAGACUCGAACGGACGGACGGUUUUUCUGGGUCCUCCUGCUGGGUUUUCCACUCGCCGUUGCGGUAGCCGGACAAGCGAGUCGGCGGUAUCGAUCGUAGUUGGAUUGGGUUCCGUAUUGUCCACACAGAGGAAGCUCGGACUGGUAGGUUCGAUUCCUCUGAAGAAGCCCUUUGGACCGCCUCAGUCCUCUCUCUGGCCCCAUGUGGAAAGAUGGGGAAUGGACUGUCUGAUCAACCCAAGUACUUGUCCAGCAUGUCCUUCUUCCAGUCUUUUCACAUCACCAUUCUGGGACUAGACUCUGCCGGAAAGACCACCAUUCUGUACAGACUCCAGUUCAACGAGUUUGUCAACACCGUUCCCACCAAAGGGUUCAACUCCGAGAAGGUCAAGCUGUCGCUGCCCGGCAGCAGGACUGUGACCUUCCACUUCUGGGACGUUGGCGGUCAGGAGAAGCUCCGCCCGCUCUGGAAGUCGUACACGCGGUGCACGGACGGCAUCAUCUUCGUGGUGGACUCUGUGGACACGGAGCGCAUGGAGGAGGCAAAGACGGAGCUUCACAAAAUCGCCAAGAGCUCGGAGAACCAGGGCGUGCCCCUACUGGUGGUCGCCAACAAGCAGGACUUGAGGAACUCUCUGAGUCUGGACGAAAUCGAGAAGCUGCUGGCGCUGAAGGAGCUGGGCCCCGCCACGCCCUGGCACCUGCAGCCGUCCUGCGCCAUCAUCGGAGAGGGACUCGGCGAAGGGCUGGACAAACUCCACGAAAUGGUCCUGAAGAGGAGGAGGAUGCUGCGGCAGCAGAAGAGGAAGAGAUAACCUGCAGUCGUUAAAGGGUUGGAGAACAUUUCCUGGCGGUGGAUUUUUAGCGCUGAGUUUUAUCAGCCGGAGUCGGAGCGUUGGGUUUUCCGGGUCUUGGUGGUGCGUGGAUCAGGAAGUGGACACGGAGGAGGUCGGGAUGAGGAUGAAGGUCGCAGACAGGUGUGGUCACGUUGGGAAGCUCUGAGGACUGCAGGUGGAGGAGGGCAGAAGACGCUGUUGAAAGGACGUGUUUUUACCCGCUGCUCCGAAAAUUACCAAAAAAAAAAAGGACUGUAAUGCUUGGAGUUGUUGAAGGAUCAAACGGAACAGAUGAGGACUUUAUAUCACUGUUUUAUAUGUUUAAAGAAGCUGAAACACUGGACUGUCUUUAGUGAAAAUAGUAUUAUUGUAGUUCCUUCCAUCUGUCUUCUGUUUCCUGGAAGCACUUUAGUCAUCACCCUGUACGGAGUUUACAGAUCAAAAGAGUUCAUAUCGUUUGCUUUUUACAGAUCAGUCGAUCUCUGCAGCCGCCAUGCGUUAAAUAAAGUUCAGAGUGAUUAUGA